CCCCGCGGGGCGGCCGCCGGGCCAUGGCGCUGCUGCCCGCGCUGCUGCUGCUGCUCCUGCCCCUGGCAGCGCUGGUCGUGGCGGCGGCCGCCGUUCUCCUGGGCCUCCCCAGCUACGACAUCCCGCCCGGGGUGAACCAGCCGGCCAAGCUGCGCCUGGUCCUGGCCGUCCUCCUGGGCACGGCGGCCCUGGGAAAGAUUUUGGAGAAGACUGGACUUUGCAGUCAAAUCACUUUUGGCCGAUACGUGCGACAGGGGCGGAAACUAGGGGUGGAUCCAAAGCUCUUUAUCCAAGACCUGCAGUUUAACAAAGUACCUGUGAGGGUUUAUCAGCCUAAAGCUACCUCUGAUGGGCAAAGGAAAGGUAUCAUCUUCUUUCACGGAGGAGGCUGGGUCUUUGGAAGUCUCGAUACCUAUGAAAAAGUAUGCCGCUACCUAUCCAGGGAAAGUGAAUCGGUAGUUGUAUCUGUUCAGUACCGUUUAGCCCCUGAACACAAAUACCCUGCCGCCUAUGAAGACUGUCUUAAUGCCACCAUACACUUCAUGAGGAAUUUAGAGCACUAUGGCGUGGAUCCUGCCCAUGUCAUUGUCUGCGGGGACAGUGCUGGGGGCAAUCUCGCAGCUGCUGUUAGCCAGACGCUUACAACUAGAUCAGACCUCCCCAAACUCCGUGCUCAGAUCUUGAUCUACCCAGGCCUUCAGGCCUUGGACUUCAAUUUACCAUCCUAUCAUCAAAAUCGAGGAGUCCCUCUCUUACUCCGAGAACGUGCCGCUUUCUUUGCUUUGCAGUACCUAAAUGGGCACGCACUGCAUAUGCAAGAGGUCUUGGAGGGUUCCCAUAUUCCUCCAGAUAUGAGGCUGAAGUACAGGAAGUGGGUGAGUCCAGACAACAUCCCUGAAAAGUUUAAGGUCAGAGGUGUGAAGCCACUUACACCUACUGAUUUUAUAGCUGAAGUCUACGAGACAGUGAAAAGAUUCUGUGAGCCCAACCUGUGUCCACUGUUAGCUGAAGAUGCUGUUGUUCACCAGCUGCCCGAGUCUUUCAUCUUGACUUGCGAGUACGACGUGCUAAGAGACGACGGCUUGCUUUACAAGAAGAGGCUGGAGGACAACGGAGUUCGAGUGACCUGGUACCACCUCGAGGAUGGAUUCCAUGGAAUCAUAAGCCUAUACGAUUAUUGUGGUUUCUCAUUUCCAUCUGGGAAAAGGGGAUUGGACAGUGUUGUCAACUUCCUAAAGGGCUUAUAGUAAACAUCUUAGAUUCCACGAGUCUGUUCAUGCCUCAAUCUAGGAAAAUAUCUUUUUAGGAUAUUUAAUAUCAGGUAAUGGGUAGUCAAUCAAGGGUAGCCAUUAAUAAGGAUAAACAAGGCUCAUCAGAACCUCAUUCCAGCUGUUAGUUGGAACAUGGAAUAUGCAAACCUUAUACAAGCUUGUAGCAUGCUGCAAGCGCUUCUCUUUAGCUAUGUCAAUAAAGAACAACAUUGUUUUGAAUGGGCAUCCUGGUUU